UCUGAAGGCUUUGCCAUUUUCGACUGUGGGACUGGCGAUGGCAAUGGAACCGCUGAACAGGAAACAAAGAGGCUCUCCUGUGGCUACCCAAAUGGAAAUUGCACAGGCGGCACCACAGGACUGAGGUGGAGAGGGCAUUUUUCAAAAUGUCCUGAGGAGUACAAGCACUACUGUAUCAAGGGAAGAUGCCGUUACGUUGCAGCAGAACAGAUUCCGGCAUGCGUCUGCGAGAAAGGCUACACCGGCGCAAGGUGUGAGAGGUUGGAUCUGUUUUACUUGCGAGGCGAUGAAGGUCAGAUUGUGGUGAUGUCUUUGAUAGGUGUGAUGGUGACGCUCAUUGUCCUGACUGCCUGUAUAUGCACCUGCGCUCAUUACUGUAAAAAAAGGCGCAGGAAGAGGAGAGAGGAAGAAAUGAUGACAUUUGAGAAGAGGCUGCCUAUUAAAACAGAUGAUAUUCUAGAGACAGACAUUGCAUGAAGGUUGUCAAAAGGUGCUUGCAGGCAGGUUCCCUACUUUCCAGUGCCCUUUUCAUCUUGACGGAACUCAUGAGGGCUAGCGACUUGAAAACCAAUGUGGCUAAAUGGAUGCAGGUGUAAUAAUUGCUGUGCGUUUGUGACUUUAUUCUGCGGAAAAAAAUCAGGAGGAAUUGUCUACCAUGGGAAAAACAGGAAUUUCCAGAAGCGCAUAAUGGAUUUUCACAGGGCUGCUUUUCAUACACAGUGCUUCAAUAACCCACUUUGAAUUUGCCAGCAUGGAAGAGAAGCAGGAUUUUAUAUAUAUAUAAAUAAUACAGGAAUUGAUGUAAUAAUCUGUAGUAUUUUUAUGUACAGCAGAAUUCGUGAACCGAAGUGUGCCUUUAGGAGCAAAUGUAAAUGCCGAUGAGGUCUGGAUGUUGUAUUUACACAAUUAGCUGCAGCUUUAAUUGAUGAUAUAAUGUUUUUUUGAUUUUACGUGGCAAGGAUGUUUUCUGUUGGCUGUUUCGAGCGCAGCUGACCUCUUGUGUUGCUUUAAAAGAGAGAGUUGCAUUGUAACUGCAGUAAUGAGAAUUUGGAAAGUGUAAAUUUCCCUGUUCUGUG